AGGGUCCCGCCCCACAGUGAAGCUGCCGGGAAACGAAACUGAAGUGUGGCGGAGAAGAACUGGCAGGGCUCGGUCAGCCUUUGUCUCUCCGGCCCAGGGCCGCUUCUGGCUGACUGAAAGCCGUGCCCUUCCCUUCUGCUUCUGUCGGCCUGUGGCGCAGCCCCUCUGCUUUCCUCCGAAUAUGAAGCGAAGAGAAGAACCUGAAUACUGCAGCCCACAGAAGAGGCAGAAGAAAAGGAUAGAGGAGCUGGGUCUGACCCUCAGCUCCACAUCAGAUGAUGAAACUCAACUCAGUAAUCAUGCAGCUCAAGAGUCUUCCACCACAAGCAGCAGCGAAUCUGACAGCGAGAGCAAUGAGAGGCAACCUGGCAUUGGCAAUAAGCUUGGAGCAGACUCUCUUGUGGAGAGCACAAGUGCCCGCUACUUGAUGUAUAGCAGCGUGUCUCAGAAGCUCAUGGCCAAAAUGGGAUUUCGAGAAGGUGAUGGCCUUGGAAAGUAUAACCAAGGGAGGCAAGACAUUGUUGAAGCUUCCCAACAGAAAGGAAGAAGAGGCUUGGGGCUGACUCUGAAAGGCUUUGAUGGAAAGUUGACCGUCAACUGGAAGGAUGAACCAGAGACUAGUGCUUAUGAGCAAGUGGACUGGUUCCCAGAAUGCACUACUGAAAUUCCAGAUGCUGAGGAAAUGAAGGACUGGAUGACAAUAGGAAAGAAGAAACUGGUUAUUGAAGAUGAAACAGAAUUUUGUGGAGAAGAACUCCUGCACAGUGUGUUGCAGUGCAAGAGCGUGUUCGAUGAGCUGGAUGGGGAGGAGAUGCGCCGCGCUCGUACAAGAUCCAACCCCUAUGAGAUGAUCCGAGGAGCCUUCUUCCUAAACAGAGCUGCGAUGAAGAUGGCAAACAUAGACUAUGUUUUCGACUACAUGUUUACAAAUCCCAAGGAUUCUCAAGGGAGACCCCUGAUCAAGGAACAUGGUGCAGAACUCUUAUACUUUGCUGAUGUAUGUGCUGGUCCUGGUGGCUUCUCAGAGUAUGUUCUCUGGAGGAAGAAGUGGCAUGCAAAGGGUUUUGGGAUGACCUUAAAAGGACCACAUGACUUCAAACUGGAAGAUUUCUAUGCUGCUUCCCGUGAGCUCUUUGAACCUUAUUAUGGUGAAGGAGGAAUUGAGGGAGAUGGAGAUAUCACCCGUCCCGAAAAUAUCACUGCCUUCCAGAACUUUGUGCUGGACAACACAGAUCGCAAGGGAGUGCACUUUUUGAUGGCUGAUGGGGGUUUCUCUGUUGAGGGGCAGGAAAACAUCCAAGAGAUUCUAAGCAAACAGCUAACGCUCUGCCAGUUCCUUACAGGACUCUCUGUUAUAAGAACAGGGGGGCAUUUUGUCUGCAAAACCUUUGACCUGUUCACACCAUUCAGUGCUGGCCUGGUAUAUUUGCUCUACUGCUGCUUUGAGCGUGUGUCAAUCUGCAAACCUGUGACAAGCCGUCCUGCCAAUUCUGAGAGGUAUGUGGUAUGCAAAGGAUUAAAGUCUGGCAUCGAGGAGGUGAAGGAGUAUCUUUUUGCAGUGAAUAUGAAAAUUAACCAGCUGCGGAAGUCAGACCAGGAUGUUAAUCUUGUGGUCCCCCUGGAAGUAAUCAAGGGCGACCAUGAGUUCUAUGACUUCAUGGUGCAGUCAAAUGAAAGGUACUGUAAGGCUCAGAUCAAAGCGCUAGCCAAAAUUCGUGCCUUUGUUCAAGACACGACCUUGAGUGAACCUCAACAAGCUGAAACCCGAAAAGAAUGCCUCCGACUCUGGGGGAUUCCAGACCAGGCCCGAGUAGCUCCAUCUUCUUCUGAUCUCAAGGCCAAGUUCUUUGAAUUGAUUCAGGGUGCGGACAUAGAAGUCUUCAGUUACAAACCGACCCCUCUCAACUCAAAAACCUUGGAGAAGCUCCGAUCUGUAUUGGAUUACAGAUGUAUGGUUUCAGGGAGUGAACAGAAGUUCCUUCUAGGACUAGGGAAGUCUCAGAUAUAUACUUGGGGUGGCCGCCCAUCAGAUCGCUGGACAAAACUGGACUUGAAAACUGAAUUGCCAAGGGACACACUUCUGUCUGUGGAAAUUGUUCAUGAGCUGAAAGGGGAGGGAAAAGCUCAGCGGAAAAUUAGUGCCAUCCACAUCCUGGAUGCCCUUGUGCUGAAUGGCAGUGAUGUCCGGCAACAACAUUUCAAUCAGCGAAUCCAGUUAGCAGAGAAGUUCGUAAAAGCUGUUUCUAAACCGAGCCGGCCAGAUAUGAACCCCAUCAGAGUGAAAGAAGUUUACAGGUUAGAGGACAUGGAAAAGAUUUUCCUAAGGUUAGAGAUGAAAAUAAUUAAGAGCUCGGGUGGAAUUCCACGGUUGUCAUACACAGGCCGAGAUGACAGGCACUUUGUACCCACAGGAUUGUAUAUUGUUCGAACUGUCAGUGAUCCCUGGACCAUGGCAAUCAGCAAAAACUGUAACAGGAAAUUUUUCUACAACAAGUCAACACUGACAUCAACGUAUGAACUUCCUCCUGAAUCUGUCUCACCAUUUCACAUUUGCUACUUCAACCGCCUUUUCUGGGAAUGGGGCGAUGGCGUCAAAGUGCACGACUCUCAAAAAAGUGAAGAUCCAGAAACGCUAUCCAAAGAGGCUGUCUUGUCCUUCAUCAGACUCCAUUCUCCCCUCUGACCAGUCCCUUGUCAAGUCCUAGGGGACAGGGACUGAACCUGGCUUGGAACCUUUAGCCAAGGAUUGGAAUGGGUUUCUUCCAACCAGAUGCAGUGAGCCAUGGAAGAAACUGCUGACAAGGAGGGCCAGUUGGGUGGUAGGGUGCUCAGUGCAAAAUAAAUGGGACAAGAGUUCAGACUGCAAAAUGGCACUGUAUAUAUGUAUUUGCUCCUGGCAGCCAAUGCUUCAAGGAGCACAAGAGAUGAGACUCCUGGAGCAGAGGACAUUCUUCCGGAUUGAUCCCCACCAUACCCUCCCUAGGCUUUUUCAACCCAUCCUUUGAACAUAGCCUGGAUUGUGGCCCCCACAUGUAACCCAGCAAACAAGAAGACGCGCACCGGUCUCCAGCACCACCUGUUUUGAUCAGCUUUAUUUUGGCUUGGGUUGCCUUUCUGUGCAACAGGCCUUUAGGGCAAGUGAUGCAUUGGGAUGUAGUCUUGUGCACUGCCUGUUUGGCUUAUGGUCCUGGGAAAUUCUGGGUGCUGGUAUCUUGGGGAGCAGAAGUCAGGCAAAAGUUGAUAGUAGCAGCUUAGGUAGCAGUGAUCUUGUGACUCUGCUUCCAGCUGAAUUUCAUGGUUCUAUGCAAAUAUAUAAGGCUGCCAUCCUGAGGCAUGUCCUUUUUUGACCUCCUUUGGCUCUUACUAGUUCCAGAAAGAUGAUGUUUUGCUUGAGGCACGUCCUGUGGUUUUCCCUAAGUCAGAGAGAUGGGAAGAUCUGAAGUUGAGAGGACUGGUGACCGUAGAGAGAUCUGAGAAGCCUGUGGGUUGCCUGAAAAGACCACAACGUGAUCCUUCCAGGAUAAUGCAGAUGCCAUCUUGUAGAGAACUUUCUGAAUUCUUAAAAUCGGCAUAAAAACA